GCAGCUACACACUCCCCAAAGAACAAGAGGACUGACGGCUUCAACCCUUCAGACACCUGUCACCACCAGAGCAGAUCAGAACCUGUUGGCAGCAGCAGUGAAGAUGACUGGAUUCUCCUGGACGGCUCUGACUUUGUCUUUGUUGCUGUUUGCUGGAAACAGUUUUGCUGUGGACCAGAAUGAACUCGCCAAAAUUGUAGAUGCGAUCUGGGAGAAGUUCAAUGCCAGGAGGAUGUUCAGUAUGGCAGUGAGCAUCCCAGAGAAGGAGAACAAGCCAGGAAGUUAUGAUUUCAACCAAAUCCUCACCACUGAGAACGAAUCCAAACAUGUCCACUACUGAGGCGCAGAGAGCUGAAGCCCUUCAAAACCUUAUGAUAUACAACCUAGGCGCAACACCAGCCCAUCCAUAGCAGCCAUUAACAGCAGGGGAAGAAGCAACAGAAGAAGCAACCAAAGAAGCAACCAAAGAAGCAACCAAAGAAGCAAUCGAAGAAGCAACCAAAGAAGCAACCAAAGAGGAAACCUAAGAAGCAACCAAAGAAGCAACCAAAGAGGAAACCUAAGAAGCAACCAAAGAAGCAAUCAAAGAAGCAACAGAAGAAGCAACCAAAGAGGAAACCUAAGAAGCAACCAAAGAAGCAAUCAAAGAAGCAACCAAAGAGGAAACCUAAGAAGCAACCAAAGAAGCAACCAAAGAGGAAACCUAAGAAGCAACCAAAGAAGCAAUCGAAGAAGCAAUCAAAGAAGCAAUCAAACAAGCAACCAAAGAGGAAACCUAAGAAGCAACCAAAAAAUCAAUCAAAGAAUCAACCUAAGAAUCAACCUAAGCAGCAACCAAAAAAGCAAUCAAAGAAGCAAUCAAAGAAGCAAUCGAAGAAGAAGGGGCCGUGGUUAGGGUAGCAGAUAGGUACAGGGUCUUGAAACUGCCAUGAUAUGAUUUAGGUCAAACAGAUUUGCAGGGACUUGCAGGUUACAGGUUAGUGGCUUUGGUGGCUCAAGCUACUGCCCAUUCUGUUUGGCUAAAGCUCCACUCCUCUCCUCCCUAAGAAAUAGAAUAACUAGAAUUACGGCCUCCACCAACCAGAGCAGAGGCAGGAAAUAUGGUCACAAUCUCCCCUUUUAUUCCAAAAUAAUGACCAGAAAAGUGCUUUUGUAGAACAUUAUGAUGCCUCAGUGAGGUUCACUUUUGACCCAUUGGAUGUAAAAUGUCAUCACUUAAUCAUUUUGUCCUAUUAGACAUUUGUGUGAAAUUUUGUCAUAAUUAGCGUGUGAAUUCUUGAGUCAUUCUU